CCGCCCGAAUUCUUGCCCUCGUAGCAUUUCUUUAUUAGCGCCUCCAAAUUUCUCGUGUGCCCCUCAUAAUACCAGCUCAUAAGGUUCGAAGGGUCUCUUCGCUCCCCCAAAUUCCUCGGCCGCUGUGUGUGAGUGAGUCUUUCGUCUCCUUGGCCAUAUUUGUAUUAUUGCUGUUAACAAUACUCGGUUUCCCCUUCUCUCUUCCCACUUCGACGCCCAAAAAUUACAUGCUUCUCUACGGUUUGACUGGUAUUUUCUUCUCCCUUCUUUUUCGUUUCUUAGGUUACGGAAGACAUGUCUCUCUGUAGAGCUUAGCUUGUCUAAAUCAAACGAUUACAUGUAACCCUCAUGCUGGAUUUCCUUUAAUUUCCAUGCCCACCCAGGCUUUAUUACUCCUCCAAACAAAACCCUAAUUGCUCGGGUAGCCUUUCGGACAUGAGUUAGUUCCGAGGCCUUAUCCCGAUUAAUGUGGCUGUGGGUGUCCCCAAUUCGGUCAUACGCUUUCCGAUCGGUAAACGCAGAUGUCGUGUAACAUUGAUGUAGAGAGGAAAGAAUACAUCACUAUUUUUUAAUUGCUAAAGGAAUCAUGAACAAAAGGCUGUGUGGAAUAUGGUUCGAUGUCUUCUUCUGUAAUGGAUUGUGGAGAUAGUGGUCUGCCGAGGCGGAAGCAUACUCCUUAUUUCUUGUCCUCAAUUGGCCUGUCAGGUGUCUGCUGAAAUGAAAAAAUAGGCGCCAACUUCUUCGACUCGGGCGGUCUCUCCAUAAAUUGAUCUCCCCCGACCUCGCGCUCUCUCCCUGUCUCACUCUCUCCAUCCAUCUCUUCUUCCAUCGGUAGCCCCGUGCGAGCGGAGGCGGGCGACGUGUAGUCCCGAUGACCAGCUUAUCGUUUUGCGACGACGGCGUCACCCUCGACCCUCUCCUAAUCCCGACGGAGGAGGACAAAGAAGAGAAAAAAGAAGGGCUUGGCGGCAUCUUCUUCCGUCGCAUCCCCGUCGCCUCGACCGCCUUCUCGACUACCCCGGAGUUCCACCAGUUCCUCCCCAUUCCGUCUCCCGAAUCGGAAUCGCUCCCCCGCUCGCAUGUUCCCGACGCGUCGGAUCCGAUUUCGUUCACCGCGGACGAGGGCGGCCUGUACGAUGCCGACGUCGCUGUCAGGCAGUCGGCCGAGAGGAUGGCCGGUCGCGAAGGGGACCCGAGCCCUUCCGGGUCAAGAAAGACUACUAGAUCGGAACUCGUCGGCAUGCUGGCGCUGCUGAGAGGCAUGGCUAUGGAUCCUCGUAACCGGUCGAUGGCGGCGGCGGAGGAAGAGUGGUUGGAGACGCAGGCAUUGAGAGCUCGGGAGACUUUGUUUCAGACUUUGGAUGAUGCGACUAGGAGGAGCGAGUUUCCUCCUCCUCCCGAGAGAAAGCUAAGAACUGGCAGAGUUUCCACUGAAGGAUCACAGAAGAAGAACAGUGGGAAGCUUGGUUCUGUUGAGGUGCCAACUCAGCCAAAACGGAGGUCUGAAAGGAUCGCUCAGAAUGCAAACCAAAGUAUACGCCAUCUUUGCACCCGCAGGCAACGCAUUGGAUUCGGGUCAAACUUCCAAGCAGAUGUGCCUGAUUGGACAUCCCCACCCAGUGAAACAGAUGUUUCUAAUUAUAACGAGGAUUUGAAUACCUUGAAGUGGUUGGGUACUCGAAUUUGGCCAGCAGAAGGGGAUGACAGGAAAAAUUGUGAUUUAGUUAUUGGGAAAGGAAAGCUAAAUUAUUGUGCCUGUUCCUUUCCAGGAUCUGUGGUCUGCAUAAGGUCUCAUGUGAGUGAAGCCCGACUUAAACUUAAGGAUAAUCUGGGUCAAGCUUUCUUUGCUUGGGGCUUUGAUGGUAUGGGUGAAGAAGUUUCACAGUUAUGGACAAAUGAGGAACAGAUGAGCUUUGAUGCACUUAAGAGACUAAAAAAUGAAUCAGGAUAUAACUGUUUCUGGGAAGUUGCCUCGAAGUACUUCAUCUCCAGAAGUAGACGAGAUCUUAUAAAUUAUUACUUCAAUGUCUAUCUUCUGCGACGAACAAGCAAUCAAAGUAGAUUGACACCUGAGCAUAUCAACACAGAUGAAGAGGAUAAUGAACACAGUGAAGAUGCCAGAAGGAUGAAAAGAAUAGUGAUAAAGAAAAAGGCAAAACUGAUGAGGAAUCAUGAUCAAGAUUCUUCAGGUGUUAAUAGCGUAAAGUCCUUUACCUUAGCAGCCUAAUAUUUGUUCCUGCAUUCAAUUUGAAGGCUUAUACAUGUGUAGAGAGAGAGAGAUAGAGAGAGAGAGAGAGAGAGAGAGAGAGAGAGAGAGAGAGAGAGAGAGAGAGAGAGAGAGUAGCUCUUCUUGGGCUACUUGAUGCUUAGCCAGUUUUUAAGAUAUUUUAAAACUCAUACUGGAUAUUUAAAAUUUGAUUUCUACCCAUUGAAGUUGAUCUACC